ACUUCUCUUCUAUGUCCUCUCUUCUCUUUUAUAAAAAAAACCUAAUCCUCUGUGUGUAAAAACAUAUCUCUAGUUAAAAAAAAAAUGUCCAAAGCGGUUUUACUCUUUGCUCUCUGCUUUUUACAGGUUCUUGCCAUCAUCGCGGCUCGGCCUAACAAGAACCCUUUCGUCGUGCGAGGCCGUGUCUAUUGCGACACUUGCCUCGCUGGUUUCGAAACUUCAGCCUCCACUUACAUUCCUGGUGCGGUGGUUAGAUUGGAAUGUAAAGAUAGGAGAACAAUGGAGUUAACGUAUAGCCAUGAGGCGAGAACUGACUCAACAGGAUCAUACAAGAUCUUGGUUAGUGAAGACCAUGAUGAUCAGUUCUGUGAUGCAACAUUGGUUCGUAGUUCUCAGUUACGGUGUUCUAAUGUUUCCCCUGGACAUGACCGUGCUCGUGUGACUCUCACCCGUUUUAACGGUAUUGCUUCUGAUGAACGUUUUGCUAAUAGUUUGGGGUUUGUGAGGGAUGCAGCGAUGCCGGGGUGUGCUGAGAUCAUGAAGCUAUAUCAAGAAACUGAGGACUAAGUUUCUAAGUUUUAUUAUAUGUAUGUUUGUGGUAUUACUAUGUUGCAGCUUGUGUUUCUAUUACACAUCUUUGUCAUGGUUUUA